AUGCCACCCAUUACAGAUAAAGAUGUUAUUGAUAGAUUGACACCUACUAGUGAUCAGAGAAUAACUUUAAUAAUAAUAGGAGUAUACGCGGUUGUAAUCAUAGUUUUAUGGAAAAUGCCAAUCUUAAAUUAUAUCAUAUAUCCAUUCAAACUAUUGACUGUUGGUCUACAUGAGUUCUCUCAUGCUGCUGCCGGUUGUUGUACAGGCGCAAAAAUUGAAGCAAUUGAAAUUGAACCUAACGAAGGAGGUGUUACAAGAAUGAGGGGUGGCAUACAAUGUUGUACCUUGCCAGCUGGAUAUCUUGGGUCAUCACUUAUAGGAGCGUUAUUAAUUUUUUGUGGAUUUAAUCCGUUAGCUUCAAAGGUUGCGUCAGUUGUUCUUGGUGUUAUGUUAAUAAUAGUAUUAUUUUGGGCAAGAAACUGGUUGACGAGAAUAUUGACUAUAGUCUUCGUUGGAAUUAUUGUUGGAUUAUGGUUUACUCCAGAUGGUGUAGGAUUAAAAUAUUUCGUAUUAUUUGUUGGCGUAAUGUCAUGUUUAUAUUCUGUAUGGGAUAUUAUGGAUGAUUUAGUUUUUCGUAAAGUAAAUGAAUCUGACGCAUCUAAAUUUGCCAAACAAUGUCGUUGUUGUCCAGCACAAGUUUGGGGAUUUAUAUGGUUUUUGAUUAGUCUUAUCUUUUUAGCACUUGGUGUGCUUGGAGGACUUGUAGCAUUCAAAACAAAUGAAUCUAGUUAA